UCUUUCGCUACACAGAAAGCGGUUCACUCGGAGUCGACUAUCAGCAACGGGCCAACAGCGGACAGACUGGUGAUUGUAUGCGCGGAACCACCACCCAAAACUCUAGGGAGGUCCGGUCCGAUGCUGGAGUGCGCGCUGCAAACGAUAUGACAAGCAGCUUCAUCUCGCGCGCCGUCUUUAGCUGAUGGGCCGACAAUAACAACUUCAUCAUUCCAUUUCGAACCGUCCUGGUCGCCGUUGUCGUCGUCGAGUGCUAAAGUGUCCAUCAGUGAGAUCUUAUUUGGUUGAUUGUUAAGAUGAGUGACAAGUGCAAAUGUGGUCCCGGUUAUGCAACGCCACUGGAUGCCGUUCGGAAUGGUCCGGUGGAGCAGCUGCUGUACGUGGUCUGCGUACAACCGAACCUCGACGAGGAGCACGGUGACUAUCUGGCGACGGUUGAUGUGGAUCCCGCCAGUCCAACUUACUGUCAGGUCAUCCACCGUACGUACACGAACAGCAAAGGGAACGAGCUGCAUCACAGUGGGUGGAACACUUGCUCGAGCUGUCACGUCGUGAAGGAUGCUGGCAAACCGGUCCCGGUCAGAGAUCGCAUGGUACUGCCGUGUCUGAAUUCGGAUCGCAUCUUCAUCGUGGACACGGGAAGUGAUCCGCGAGCACCGAAGUUGGUGAAAGUGAUCGAAGGUGAGGUGCUGAAGUCGGUCAACUGUACGGCACCGCACACUACCCACUGUCUACCGAACGGGAACAUUAUGGUUUCGGUAAUGGGUGAUGGCGAAGGUAAUGCACUCGGUGAGUUCGUGGAGUUUGAUAAAAACUUCGAGCUCGUGGGCCGCUGGACUCGCGGGGAACGGAAGGCAGCUUGUGGGUACGAUUACUGGUAUCAACCGUACUUUAACGUGAUGGUCGCUUCGGAAUGGGGCGCACCGAAGCUGUUCCGUCGUGGAUUCCAUCCGACGGAUUGUGACGAUCCGACGCAGUACGGUAGCCGGUUGAACUUUUACCGCUGGCAGGAACGGGAACUCUUCCAAACGCUCGAGCUCGGUGAGGAGGGCACGACACCGCUCGAGAUCCGGUUUCUGCACAACCCGAAGGAGAACCAAGGCUACGUCGGGUGUGCGCUGCAUGCCAAUGUGUACCGGUUCUACCAGAAGCCCGGAUCGAGCGAGUACACGGCGGAGAAGGUGAUCGAUGUACCGGCCAAAACGGUCGCUAACUAUGGCGAUGCGCAGAUCGGCGGAAUGAUGACGGACAUUCUGAUUUCGCUCGAUGAUCGCUUUCUGUACUUUAGCAAUUGGUUGCAUGGCGAUGUGCGCCAGUAUGAUAUCACCGAUCGGGCUAAUCCACGACUUACCGGGCAAGUGUUUCUCGGUGGAGCCAUUCAGAGUGACUCGAAGGUACGUGUCUUGAAGGACGAAGAGUUGACGGAACAACCGGCACCGAGGUUCGUGAAAAAUCGACGACUUGAGGGAGGACCUCAAAUGUUGCAGCUGUCGCUCGAUGGUAAGCGACUGUACGUUUCGUCCAGUUUGUUCUCUCCCUGGGAUAAGCAGUUCUACCCGGAGAUGGUACGAGCAGGCGGUACGAUCGUGCAGUUGGAUGUCGACGUGGAGAAUGGGGGCAUGAAGGUGAACGAAAACUUCCUGGUGGACUUUGCCGGGGAACCGUACGGACCGGGACUUCCCCAUGAGAUGCGGUACCCCGGUGGAGACUGCACCUCGGACAUCUGGCUGGUGGAUGAGUAGAUUGCGAAGAGGUUCAUUAAAUGUAUUACAUUUUUAACCAUUUAUCGACCGAUGGGUGAUUGCAGUGGCAUUUAUUUCAAAGUAUAAAUAUACAUUUCAACAUUCUACAAGCAAAGAGUAGCAAUUUGUCACCAA